GACUCUGACAUCGCGGUGAAGUUGUACCUCUUUUCUUAUUUGACUUUGUUUUCGACGAGAUAAUUGCCUUUUUUUUUCCUCUCCGGGGCCGUGUGCUCGUCUCGUAUAGCCAGCGUGUGCAGCAGCAGAAGCGGAGAGGGAAGAGAGGAUGUCUGCUCUACGCUCUCCCUUAGCGGGGAUUUCGCAUUCCGUAUCCGCCGAGUGGAGCAUCGUUGCCGGUUAGAGCUCCACAGCAUCUCCGUCGUCUUUGUUUUGGCUCACCUGCGCCCCCUAAAUCACAGCUUCUGUUUAAAUCUACUAGGAAUGGAUGGGAGUAUUGUACGACGGGGACUACUGUGUUUUUGUUGGAAGAUGAAGAUGACCUAAUCCCACAUGGGAUGUGGCGUCCACAGUCAGGAAGUCAUGUCCAGAUCGGGUGAUAGAACGUCAACCUUUGACCCAACACACAGUGACACGUUGCUGCACGGGCUCAACCUCCUGUGGAGGAAGCAGCUUUUCUGUGAUGUGACGCUCACCGCCCAAGGACAGCACUUCCACUGCCACAAAGCGGUGCUGGCGUCCUGCUCCCAGUAUUUCAGAUCGCUCUUCUCCUCCCAUAAUGCCAUCAACAACGAGGGCGGCAAAGGAGACCAGGGCAGCAGCGGCACCCCCUCGUCCUCUCCUGAUGACAAACUGGUGACCCCCAGCGCCAGGCCCAUCAAUAACCUGGUCCUGCAAGGCUGCUCCUCCAUUGGACUAAGACUAGUGCUGGAGUACCUCUACACUGCCAAUGUGACUCUUUCCCUGGACACAGUGGAAGAGGUUCUGUCGGUCAGCAAGAUUCUCAACAUCCCCCAGAUCACCAAGCUCAGCGUGCAGUUCCUCAACGACCAGAUAUCAGUGCAGAACUACAAGCAGAUUUGCAAGAUCGCCGCACUCCACGGGCUUGAUGAGACCAAGAAGCUGGCCAACAAGUACCUGGUGGAGGAUGUGCUGCUGCUCAACUUUGAGGAGAUGUGCGCCAUGCUGGACGCUCUGCCGCCCCCGGUGGAGUCGGAGCUGGCUCUCUUCCAGAUGUCGGUGCUCUGGCUGGAGCAUGACCGAGAGACCCGCAUGCACUAUGCUCCGGAUCUCAUGAAGAGGCUGCGCUUCGCCCUCAUCCCAGCCCCGGAGCUGGUGGAGAGGGUGCAGUCGGUCGACUUUAUGAGGAGUGACCCUGUGUGCCAGAAGCUACUGCUGGAUGCCAUGAACUACCACCUGAUGCCCUUCAGGCAGCACUGCAGGCAGACCACAGCAAGCAGAAUCCGUUCCAAUAAGAGAAUGCUGUUACUGGUGGGUGGUUUGCCUCCUGGACCUGAUCGCCUCCCCAGCAAUUUGGUCCAGUACUAUGAUGACGAAAAAAAGACAUGGAAGAUCCUCACAAUAAUGCCUUACAACAGUGCCCAUCACUGCGUUGUGGAGGUGGAAAACUUUCUGUUGCUCCUAGGAGGAGAGGAUCAAUGGAACCCCAAUGGAAAACACAGCACUAAUUUUGUAAGUCGCUAUGAUCCCAGAUUCAACAGUUGGAUACAACUUCCCCCAAUGCAGGAAAGGAGAGCUAGCUUUUUCGCCUGUCGCCUGGAAAAGCACCUCUACGUGAUCGGUGGUCGGAACGAGACAGGCUACCUCUCCAGCGUGGAGUCGUACAACCUGGAGACCAACGAGUGGAACUAUGUGUCGUCUCUACCGCAGCCUCUGGCCGCCCAUGCUGGAGCAGUGCAUAACGGCAAGAUCUACAUAUCAGGCGGGGUCCACAAUGGCGAGUACGUGUCCUGGCUCUACUGCUAUGACCCCGUAAUGGACGUGUGGGCUCGCAAGCAGGACAUGAACACAAAGCGUGCCAUUCACACACUAGCCGGAAUGAACGACCGCCUCUACGCGAUUGGAGGAAACCAUUUGAAAGGUUUCUCUCAUUUAGAUGUAAUGUUAGUGGAGUGUUACGACCCAAAAGCAGAUCAAUGGAACAUCCUCCAGACGCCCAUUCUGGAGGGUCGCAGCGGUCCAGGCUGCGCUGUCCUGGAUGACAGCAUCUUCCUGGUGGGGGGCUACAGCUGGAGCAUGGGGGCUUAUAAGUCAUCUACAAUCUGCUACAGCCCAGAGAAAGCAACAUGGACAGAGUUGGAAGGAGAGGUGGCAGAACCUCUAGCGGGCCCGGCUUGUUCCACCGUCAUCCUGCCUGCCUGCCUUCCUUUUAACAAAUGACAACUAAUCCAGCCGAGAGGCGACGAAGGCACUGAGUACCACAUGAAUUGGGGAGAAUAGCACCAAUAAGAAGGCGGCAAUUUUACAACUAACCCCCGUUCGGUCAUGGAGUGUGUGUGUAUAAAUUAUUUUUUUACAAGUUCGACCUGAGCACUUUGGUUCCGCCUCUGAAAGUCAGAAGAGAAGUGGGGAAAAAAGCGGUGUAAGUCAUGUAUGUAAACGUCUCUGUGCUCUGAGAAAUGGUUUAUAUUAGGUAUGAUUUAUUUACACUGUUAGUGGUGUUUUUGGCUUCUCUUCUAUAGCACGUAUAGUGUCCAGCUCAAUGUUAGCUUUCAUCUCUGUCGUACCCUGUAGCCACAUAAACCCAAUGACAGACUGAUUCCCACUGGAUCUUGGAGCUAAACCAGGACUGGGUGAGUUACUUUAAUUGUGAUAUAUAAAUAGUCAUCAUUGCUCACACUAUGUUUUGGUGUGUUGUGCACUUAAUCUAAACACCUGAUCACCUGGUUUGAUGAUAUUUUCGCAUGUCUUUUUUUUUUUUUUUGGUUGGGAAAAAUCCCACAUUCAUGCAUCCAAAGUGAUCCAAAAAUCUGUUUUACUGUGAUUUAAAAUACACUGUACAAAACAUAAUCAACAAACCAAAUCCUAAUACAGUCAAACCUUGGUUUUCUAACACCCCGGUAUACAUAUGAUUUUUUUUUUUUUUUCACCGAAAUGAACAUCAUAUGCGUUUCUGAAUAAUUUUUUGGUAUGCAACUGAUGAAUAACCCGCCAUGGGGACAAAAAAAAAGUUGGCAGUGCCAGCAAUUUAAUGAACAGGGUGAGAAACACGGCUGACUUUAAGAAAGAACUCUUCUCAAUGUAUGAAGAUGUCUUCAGUAUAAGUAAAAGGUUUGUCUAUUUCAUUCAUCAUUUAUAAUUAUUUCACAUUGUUUUCUGCAUGUAAAGAUGUAAUUAUUCUCUAAAAUAUUUUUUCUCAUAUUUUCGGCUGUCUGGAGUGGAUUAAUUGGAUUUACAUUAUUUCCUAUUGGAAAAACUGCUUCGGUUUUCGUCUGACUUUUUGGAACAAAUUCAUAACAAAAACCGAGGUACCACUGCAUUAAUUAAUGCUGGAGCUAAUGACACAUUGAUGGUACAAUCAAAUUGCUCACCAAUGUAUGGGAAGUAUUUUUAGGUCAAGCCAAGAGUGGCUAUAUUGUUUUUUUUCUCUCUUGUGCAACUUAAAAAGCGCCACCUCCAGGAGUAUUAUGAGAUACUAAGCUUCCAAAUCUGAGCAUAAAGCAGACCUUAAUGCACUUAAAGUGAACCUCAGAGUUCACACUAUUGUAAAUGAAUCAUUGUGCUGUGUUUUAACGAAACAAAAAUCGCUUUCUUUCAGUACAACUGAGUCCAGUCCAGUCUACGCUACUGAGUUUAAAAAAAAAAGACUAAAGUUUACUCUAAAUGUUGAAUCCUGUAAAGGUUUGUUGACUUCAUUCUUGUACAUAAUCGCUU